GUAAGUUUACAAUAUUAAGAACAUAACGAGACGAACCGUAAUACACAUCUCUUGAUAGCAGCUACAGUGAGUGUUGGUAGGAACCAUGGCGAAAAAACAUGGCAAGAAGGUAUCCGUUUUAGCCCGCAGUCAAAUUGGUUCGAGCAGGAAGAAUGUUAGCAUAAAGCCAUCACUGCAAGAUGUGAAGUCUGCAAAAGUCUUCACUAAGACCGGUAUACAGGCACAAACGCCAGGCAAGCACGGUUCUGAUAAGCUUACGAGUGGGGCGCACAAGUCAAAUAAUAGCAUAAAUACAUCUUCACAUCUUAAAAAAAGCGAGAUCCUCGCUUCAACCUCGCACGCCGCAGAUACCAAUUCGGAAGACUACUUUCAGUGGAUGAUCGGAAGUGAUGUAAGCGCUAUCGAAUUCUUUGAAGACUACUGGGAACAGAAACCUUUGCAUGUGAAACGAUCCUCAAAUGGUACUGGUAAUGAUUUCGCUGAAUACUUCAGUAAAGGAGACUUGGACAAAAUCCUGCGCCAGGAUGUGGUGCGAUUUGGCAUAAAUUUAGAUGUUACCAGCUGUGUUGAUGGAGUGAGAUCAACACUCACGCCUCAGGGUAGAGCUUACCCUGGAUGUGUGUGGGAUUUUUAUGAGAGUGGCUGUUCGAUCCGAAUGCUGAAUCCUCAAUCUUUCCAUGAGCCUGUAUGGCGCAUGCUAUCGAUUCUACAGAAUUUCUUCCUCUGCGGCAUGGGAGCAAAUGUGUACUUCACGCCCAAGAAUACUCAGGGAUUCGCACCACACUUCGACGACAUUGAAGCUUUUGUAUUGCAAACGGAGGGUAGCAAGCGUUGGCGAGUAUACGCUCCCGAGAGCGAGGAAGAAUUCUUGCCGCGCCAUUCUUCUUCUAAUUACACAGCCGCUAGUAUGGAGGGACGUGUACCUGUGAUCGAUACUGUCCUUCAUGCGGGGGACAUGAUCUAUUUCCCCCGGGGUUGGGUACACCAAGCAAAUGCUACAGAUGAGGAUUCCACGCAUGUGACCGUGUCAACAUACCAGAAUCAUAGCUGGGCUACCUUCAUGGAAAAAGCAGUACCCCACGUGCUGUCGAACGCAUUGGCUAUGGACCCAAGCUUCAGAACAGGCCUGCCUCUGGGAUUUUUAAAAUAUAUGGGUGUGGCGAUGAGUGAAAGUGAAAACCCCAGUAAGGUGGCGGGUAGAGCUGAAUUUGUGCAGAAAUUUCGAUCCCUUUGGGCGAAUCUGGGUGUGGCAAUGGUGGAAGAACUGGAUCAGGCUGCGGAUGAGUUGGCUGUGCAUGUGAUGACCGAAUCUGUACCUCCUUUGCUCACCAGGCAACAAGUACAACACACAUCAGCCGCGGGUGUGCACACAGGUGUACAUGCUGGAUGCGAUGUGAAAUCCUUGCCGGAGCCGGAGAAUCAUGAUAUAACUGAGGAAACUUGUGUGUGUGUGGUGAGAGAGCAUGUUUCACGCAUCGUACAAGAGGGCAAGUUUGCUACCGUUUACCAUAUUUUGGAGAAUGGGAAGUGCCGUGAGUACCCACCGCAGACACUGAAUUUUCAUUCUGCGUACGGACCCAUUGUUGAAUUUUUCUUACAGAGCGAAUCGGAUGGAUACGUUCGUGUUGGUGAUGCUUUUGGUCUACAGAUUGACAUGUCCAAAGAGGACGAUGAGAUGGACAAUGGAGACGGCAAUGAGUUAAUGCAAGCGGGCACAAGACCUGCGUCAGCAGAUGAUGUGUUUGAGGUGGUCACUUGCCUGUACGAUGCCGGACUUUUAAUGCGGAAGAAAAUAUGAGAUGCAGUCUGUCUGUCAGGCGUACUAUGAUACCUACCGUUAUGUCAUCGUGUAUCAUUUGUGGAAAUCCAUAAGUGCGUGCUCGCUUUCAAUUUAACUUGAAAAAGAGGCCCUCAUUUUCAAUGUUAUGAUGAUAAUAUAUAUAUAUAUAUAUACUUGCGAUCUCGUCGGAGAGAUUAUCUAUUGUGCCUCGAGAUAAUCUUGUCGCCAAGGAUCUGGCAAGGGCGCCAGAACGGUUGUCUAAUUCGAAGUAUACUGUAUAUGUCGGUGAGAUCGACCUGUCUGACUGUCGAUUGUCAAUACCCGGGAAGUUAGUUACUUCUAACAUAGGUGACUGAUAAAAGCAAUGCAUACACCAAAUGCCGAUAGAAAUUUUCGACAACGUGAGAAUAAACAUAGACUACAAGGUAGGAAUAUUAAAUUAUAUUGAGCUUAGUACCUGUAUGAGGUACAUCACGGUGGGCAGAUGAGGUAUUUAUCAAUAAAUCGUAUAUAUGAUGAC